AUCGUUACCGGGUCGUCAUAACGUUUUGACACAACACUUGCCUGUCGUUACGUUAACAGUUCUUUUUCAUGUCUGGUUCUGUUAGAAAGCGAAACAACAGAUGUAAUGUGUUGGCCGUCCAGUCGAGGUGUUCGGGUAUUGUCUGGUUUACUGUCCAGGGCGGUAUAGUGACGUUAAUCGGACAACGGUAACGAUCGAUGACAAUAAUUAUGUAUAUUUAAGAUUAUCGAAUAUACUUAGAUAACGGCUGGUUUAAUGGGAUUGUUCUGUUGGGCUAAAACGCGGUGCGAGCCAAUGUAAUUAAUUUAGGACGACCAUCAACACUGUUGUGCCAUUUGGAGUCAGUUAUACACUGAAACCUCAGAGAUUGAUUCGCAAUAUUAAUGCCUGACUCUAAUCUUGUUUUCAGCUCGUUACCAUCCAGUAUCACAGUAAAAACAGAAUGUUGGAGCGACAGAUGCACUCGGGAACGAAAGUUCUCCCGAUAGAAAGUGUCAAGCAUAGAGAGUUGUCAGAGACAUAAAUCCAGUGUUGUACGUCACGGCAGACGAGAAUGACUAGUCACAACGUACCCCACAGCUCCAACAGAAGCGAUCUGGAACACAUCAUGGCGGAACCAUCGUCUUUUAAUCUUCCUGCCUUUUGUAAUUAUUCCGAUUUUGAAGACCGAGAAAAUGAGACUUUCGGAAUUCAUCACCGUGGUGCCACUAUCUUAUCCCCAGUGUUAAUGGGCUCGGCGGGAAUCAUUGGGAACAUCUUGGCACUUUAUGUGCUCCACAAGAACAAAAGUUCGAGUGUGUUUUAUACAUUAGUAGCCGGAUUGGCUUGGACGGAUUUGUCCGGAAUUAUCCUAACUUCCCCUGUCACCAUCUUAUCUUACAGCAACGGCCGGAAGUGGGUCGGAGGGGAAAUAUUGUGUAAAUUUAACGGAUUUGUUAUGAUAUGUUUCGGGUUAUCUACUCCACUAAUCGUGUGUGCAAUGGCCAUUGAGAGAUUUUUGGCCAUCAAAUACGCAAUGAUACAUUCCCAACGAUGUACUUAUGGGUGCGCGCGGAUUAUUCUCAUAACGUUGUGGAUAACAACACUUGUAUUCGGAGUUCUCCCCCUUUUUGGAGUGGGUAUUUACACGGUACAGUACCCUUGUACGUGGUGCUUCCUUGAUUUCCAUAGUAACAACCCUAUUGCUAAUUCAUACGGUUAUCUUUACGCUUCAGUUAAUCUCGCUGUGGUGCUUAUUAUGACAUCAUGUAAUUGCUACGUGAUGUUCGCCCUUUUACGGGUAAGAUACUUAAAACGAAUAGCAUUAUCACAUAAUGGAAACCUAGAAGUUUGUGAAGUUAAUGGUGGUCGGAGAUAUCGGCGGAAGAAGAAGAAUCAACGGGACAUUGAGUUUCAGAUGAUCAUUCUGAUGUGUGUUCUAACUACGGUCUUCGGCAUGUGUUGGGCUCCACUAAUGGUACAAAUAAUCGUCACCAUGGCUACAGGCAGUCAUAACUACGUUGUCGACCUGACAGUGAUCAGAUUGGCUAGCCUUAAUCAGACUUUAGAUCCCUGGAUUUAUAUUCUGCUCAGGAAAACUAUUCUUGAUAAACUCAAACAAAGUUUCAGAAAAAUCUGUUGUUUUUGUUGUCCAAACGCAGAUGUUGAAGAAAGUCCAGACCAAAAUGCGCACGCACAUCAUCUAAAGUGUUUCCGUAAACAGUAUAACAAUGCAGGACCACAGCACCUGUGUCACUAUCGGAACAUACCAGUAGGGUCGUGUCGAAACCACUCAAAGAAAUGUUCUAAAAAAUCAGAUGGAAGUAGAAAUAAGAAACAUUCACUGCCGGAUGUUAUGAGGGAAGCCCACUCUCGCAGUCCCCCGGGCGACUUUCUGAGACCAGAUGUCGCAGCUGGUGACACCUAUAAUGAAAUAUGCAAUCAAUGUCAAUCAACUCAUUCAAAGUUAGAGAAAAAAUCAUCCGCGCCACCAGACCUUAACUACAUCAACAAUAUGGCACAACAGUGCAACCAGGUUUCUGAUGGAGACAGUGACAGUUCAUCGAGCCAUGAACACUGUAACAUUUGUUCGGGAGUGGAAGAAUCCCAGACCAACGAUGUGUUCUCCGAACCGGCGGUAGAGACCCUGGAGUCUGAAUUAUUCCUGACAAAGACCACGACCAAUAGUGGGUUAGGCGAGUCCCGAAACCUCCUACAGACCCCUGUGUCCCGACAACACCUCUACUCAGACGUAAUUCCAUCAUUCAGGUCAUUUCGACUUCCCAGACGGAAAAGUAAACGCAUCAAGUCGGCAUCAUGAUGUGGAUCUGCCGGGAGGUUUUACUAGAGUCAGCCUGAUGUAUCGUUCUCGGGCGUUCUUUGGGAGAAAAGUCUGAUGCGUUCUACGAGAGCCAAUCCUACUUAGAUAUCGGGACGUUCUACAGGAGACAAGUAUCAACUGUCGAGACAGUCUGUGUAGUGGUUGCGAUGUAUAUUUCGGAGGUUCUACGGGAGAUAACUCCGUGUGAUUGUCCGUAUAAUUUGUCACCAAACGCCAGGCCGGUUCUCUAAAUCUACCGUCCUGAUCUAUCAGACAUACUUCCAUACGUUUCACUCAGGUAUAGCGAUAUGCUUGACAUCUCCAUGGGCACCGAGAUUGCUAUCCAUAGCCUUCUGUUAUAACAAAAGUAGGUGUCCGUUUCCGGUUUGAGUUCGCGUCGGCGAAAAAAGGUCAAACCCCUCAUGUAGCUAAUGUGAUGCUUUAAAUAAAGUACCUCGAUUUCAUGCGGUGGAAAGGCUUUAAUCUAGCAUCUGAUUAGCUACAUAAGGAGUUUGAACACAGGUUCUGACUAUUUGUAUGUUAUUUUUGGGGACUCACACGGGCUGUUUAACCAUUACCAAUCCAAACUCGUAGCAUCAAAUCACAAACUAUCCUGACGAAAAUAAUCUACUCAUUCUGAUCUCGCGACAAUUAUUUGUUCACGAAAAGAAGAAGUCAAUUUCAAAUCAUAAAAUGAGUAAUCUUUUUGUCAUUUUUUCUUAAAUGAAAUGUGCUAAAGAAUAUAAUUGUCAAUUAAUCACGAGCGAUGCCUGUCUACACGGUCCCUACUGACUUGUAUUUUAUUUCAUGUUAACAUACGUGUAUAUCCUUACCUCUAACACAAAUUACAGUAUUAUGUGUAAAGUAACAAAGGACAUUUCACCGUCGAUUGAUAACACGUUAGAGUCCUCGCUCCUCUGAUCUCUUUAUUGAUUUCCUUGAAAAAAGGAAGAUAACCUCUGUACCAUAAUUCAACCACAUUCUACAUGUUACAAAAUAAAUCAAAACAUUAAAAUGAAGAGGUGUCAAAUGUACGUGUGUGUGACAAAACACACCAAGCGUAAACAAAAAUAUCAAUAUUAACUAUAUAGAGUAUUGUGUGCAUGUUAAUUACCUCGCUGACAUGUAGCUAUGAUACGCCUGAGAGUAUCAUGCACGUGAGCGAGCGUGAUUCGUUGUUGUUAGUCUAUGUUUUGCCUAAGGACAUACUUUAGCUAUAAUGAGGACAGUCUCUACUGUGAUAAACCAUGCUUAAUGUUUAUUGUAAUAAAUUAUUUUUGUA